AUAGGCUUUACUUCGCAAGGUCUGAGUCCGAAAACAAAAACAAAGAAAAAACAGGAAAAAAAAAAAAAGAAAAACAAUCCUCUUUUUUGUGUGGUGUAGCGAAAACAUGGUUAUACCAGCGAAGGGUGGAUCCCUGCCCAUGUCGUGUUUGAAGACGUUGGACUCUGUGGAGUUGGUCGACUUCAUAGAGGAGAAGGAGGCCAUGAAGAAGCAGUUUCAGAAGCUCAAGACUAUGCUGUUGUCCUUCAAUAACCUCCUGAGUGAUGCUAUGGAGAUGCAAAUCCGAAACCCAGAUGUUGAUAUGUGGGUUAGCGAUGUUGAAGAUGUAAUGUAUGAUGUACAAGACCUGUUGGAUGAGAUCGAAACUGAAGCUCUCAGAUGCAAACUUGCACGAGAAUCUCAUGACUUUUUCAGCAUUAAUCAGGUACUUAAUUCUAUGUCAACUCCCUUUAAUGUUGAGACAGUUUAUCAAGGCUUAUUGGAGAUCAUUGUUAAAUUAGAAUCUCUCUUAGAGCUAAAAGAUGGGCUCGCUCUCAAAGAAUUUGAAUUUGAAGAUGAUUAUGUUCAACCCAAAUCUUUACCUGAAACAAAAUUGAUGGAAAACUCUGCCGUCGAUGACAACUUCUCUCCACCACCACCACAAAAUUUAAUGGAAUAUGAUGUUUAUGGUAGAGACUAUGAGAAAGAGACUAUUUUGAAACUGUUACUAUCCAAUGACAAUAACGUAUCAGUGAUCCCCAUAUUGGGUAUGGCAGGAGUUGGUAAAACAACUCUGGCUCACCUGCUUUACGAAGAUUUAAAAGUGAAUAGACAUUUCGAUCUGAAAGCAUGGGUUUGUGUCUCUGACGAAUUUGAUCUCCUGAGGUUAACCAAAUGUAUGUUUGAGUCUGUCACUUCUAUUGCAUGCGAUGUCAGGGACGUCAGUUUUCUUCAGUUUAAAUUGAAGGAGUCAUUGAUGGGAAAAAAGUUCCUCUUUGUUCAAGAUGAUGUUUGGGAUAAGAAUUAUGUUCAUUGGAAUUUCUUCAAAAGUUGUUUCGAAUCCGGAGCAAAUGGGAGUAAGAUAAUUUUAACAACUCAAAAUGAGGUUAUUGCCACCAUGAUUGGCAAUGUUCCCACUUUUGACCUCAAGACCAUAUCACCUGAAGAUGGCUUCAAAUUGCUUCUCAAACAUGCCUUUGAUGAGGUGGAGUCUGGUUUUUUUCCAGAUCUAAACGUAAUAGGUGAAAAAAUUGUCAAAAAGAGCAACGGUAUUCCCUUAGCUGUUAAAACACUUGCUGGUCUUCUGCGGUUUCAUUCUCAACAGGAGACAUGGGACAAUAUACUAAAUAGCAAUGUGUGGGAGUUGUCAAAGGAGGAAAGUAGCAUUCUCCCGGCUCUUUGGUUGAGCUACCAUUACCUACCUCCGCAUCUUAAGCAAUGCUUCGCUUACUGUUCUGUGUUUCCACGAGGUUACGAAGUUGAUAAGAAACUGUUAAUUUUGAUGUGGAUGGCUCAGGAUCUUUUACAACCCCGAAUGGAUAAGAGAAUGGAAGAAGUUGGAGAGAUAUACUUAAACCAUCUAUUAUCAAGGUCACUGCUUCAGCAAUCAAGAGUCAGUCAAUCUGCUGUCACCAUGCAUAACCUUGUAUACAAUUUUGCUAAAUCUAUUUCAAAAGAAUUUUGUUUCAAGUUGGAUGACCAUAUCUCGCUUGCCCUUGUUAGCAAGAUGCAAGUAAGAAACUUUAGCUUCCAGAAGCUUAAGGCCUUAUCCAAAGCUAAGGUUUUGCAUGCCUUCCCAGGAGCACAAUGGAGAAGGGUAAAUACAGGAUUGCCAUUGCACAGAUUGGUAUACCAUGGACUAUUGCCAAGGCUACCUCACUUAAGAUCUUUGUCUUUAACAUCUUGUCCAAUUUUGGAAUUGCCUGAUUCGGUUUGCAAGUUGAAGUAUCUACGAUACUUGGAUUUAUCUUCAACUCUAAUAACGCAGCUACCUGGUACAAUUUGUCGUUUGUCCAAAUUGCAGACACUAUUGCUGUCAAAUUGUAGAAAUCUUACUCAGUUGCCAACUGACAUUACAGCCCUACACCAGUUGCGACAUCUUGAUAUUAGCAACACAUGUUUAACAGAGAUGCCUUUGCAAAUGAGUAGAAUGAGGAAUUUGCAGUCACUGAGUAAUUUUGUUGUGGGUAAAUAUGGUGGCUCCGGCAUUCAAGAGUUAAAAGAGCUUCAGCAUCUUCAUGGAACACUUUGUAUUUCGGGGCUUCAAAAUGUUAGUAAUAUUGGAAACGCCAUGGAGGCUAAUUUGAAGGAUAAAAAGUACCUUAAUGAGCUUGGUUUGACGUGGAGUGGUCGCCCAGAUGAUUCCUUAAGAGUAAGGGAAGUUCUUGACAGCGUACAACCACAUACAAACCUAAAGAAACUCAUUGUCAAAUUUUAUGGUGGUACAAAAUUCCCAAAUUGGGUAGGAGAUAGUUCGUAUUGUAAUAUGGUAUCGGUGCAUCUAAUAAAUUGUAAAAAUUGCUGUAUUUUGCCGCCACUUGGGGAACUACCCUCUCUCAGAUAUCUAGAAAUUAUUGGAUUCGAUUCAGUAAUGAGGAUAGGUCCGGAGUUUUAUUAUAACAGUUCCUCCACGAGUAAGCCUUUUAGGUCACUUGAAACUUUACGCAUGCGUAGUAUGUCAGAGUGGCAGGAAUGGUUUUUGAUAAGUGGCAACGAAGAUGGAGGUUUUCCUUAUCUUGAGGAGCUUUAUUUGGAAGAUUGCCCGCAGCUAUGUGGUGGCUUGCCUUAUUGUCUUCCAUCCUUGAGAUUGCUGCAUAUAUCAGGAUGUCAACAAAUUGCAACUUUGCUUCCGCAGGAUGUGCAGAUGGGCACCGCAUAUCCAUCGCUUCAAACAAUGGAAAUAUAUUACUGUAGGAAAUUGGAGACGUUGCCGGAAGGGGAAUGGCCUUCAAAUUUACAAUCACUUACCAUUUCCUAUUGCAGAAAUCUCAGAGCCCCAAAGGGAAAUGGCUUCCGACAUCUCAGGUCCCUUCAAAAUCUGCGAAUUGCUUGCUGUCAUGAGUUCAUGUGUUUACCAGAAGAAAAGCUGCUAGAUACUCAUUCUCGUCAGAGUACAGCUGUCUUUUCUUUGCAAGGCCAGUGGUAUCAGGGAGACAAGGAGGAAGAUGGGCCCAGCAUUUGGCAAAAACCUUGGGCAUGCUCGUGUGGGGAUUGAGAUGAUGAAUCAUGUGGAUAUUUCCCUGUCUACCUAUUCGUUGGAUUUUCUUCAGCUCGAGCAAUUGGUGGUUGGUACCGUUUCCAAAGGCUUUUCAACUGCUUCAAACUGCAUGCACCGUUCCAAACUCCAUUCUUGUAACUCAGCAUGUGAUUGACUGCCAGAGGAUAAGUGAAGAGUAGGUACAAGGCUGCUAGGUUGACUCAUCCUCAACCCGAAGGAGGAAGUUCCUUGGCUGAGCCGAGUAAUGAAUGUCAUUUGGAAUGGUGGAACUUAUUGUGGAAGUUGUGUCUUCAAAAUAAGAAGGUAAAUUUUAUUUGAUGUCCAGAGAGGAAACUUUGAUUCAUGCUGUUUGGAGUUGCUCUCAUGCACGUCAAAUUUGGAAAGUACGGCUUUUCCUCCUGUGCUGCCAAAUUUAUUUGAAGGUGAUUUCACUUAGUUUUGUUCUUGGCUUUCAAAAAUUUUGGAGGAGGACCAAGAUUUUUUUUUUGGUCUUUGGAUGUUAAUCAAAGCUGAUUAGAGUGGUAUAAGUACAUCCUCCAAAACCAUCAGCUUCCAGGAAAUGGCCUAUCUAUUUGACUUUCACCCUUUAUAAACCUAUUCAGAAAAACCCGAAUUAUGUGGGCUCUAUGUUAUGAAUGUGAAACCCGAAUUACGUGGGCUUUAAUAAACUGAUUAGCCCAGUUUAAUUAAUUUUCACCAUCAAUAUAUAUAUAUAUAUAUAUAUAUAUUCAUACAUACAUACAUGACCAUCUUAGAUACCAAAAGGACAAUAUGGUCUUUCUAUUUUCUUUCUUUCUUUUUUUUCCAUUUUUUUUUUUUUUUUUUUUUUGCUUACAAGGUGAGGUGUAAAACCCAAAAAACCCGAUGACUAAGCCAUCAAAAGGAUGAUGGCACAAGGCCCAUCUCCUGGGUUGCAAAAUAACUAAAAUUGCUGGGAAGAGAAUUAACUGUCAAAAAACCAGUAACAUCAUUUCUAAUACACCAGUUGCAUACAGAGUGAGCCAAAAAGUUUUGUUCCCUCGGGAUCCAGUUAAAACACACCUUCUGGAAGCCUAUUUUCUUAGAACUGAUCUCCUCCAAAAUACCUUCUACUAUCCAGUGAGAAUUGUGUGUGUCUUGACUGUUUAGAGUUGAUACAAUGUUUUUGGCGUCAGAAUCACACCAUAUUUUUUGCCAGCCUUCCUCUUGAGCUAAAAUUAAUCCUUGCAGGACUCCCACAGCUUCAGCUAACUCAGGGAUAUCUGUCUGGGUGCGAAUAGACUUUAUCUUUAUAACUUUGACCUCAUAGUCCCUUGCCACCAGUCCAAUGAAGCUAACUCCAUUUUUAACUGCUGCAUCAGAAUUAAUUCUUAUGCUCUGCGUAUCCCACAUUCUUACUAUCCUCCUGGGUUCUCUAUAGAGUAGAACACCCUUCUCCUCCUUUAGCAAGAUGGCUUUGGCCUCUCUAAACCUGAAAUUCAACACAUCCAUGAUACUAUCGAGAGGGUUAGUUUUAUUUUCAAAGAUGCGGGAGUUUCUUUCCUUCCAUAGUUGGUCCAUCACAAGGGCAGCAAAAAGAAAAAAGAAAUCCCUGUCUGACGGGAGCACUGGAAGAGAACCAAGGGGGUUAGAGAUCAGACAGAGUUUUUCUUUCACUGGAUAAUCUGUAAACGUCUCCCACUUAAUACACCACGGGAGGCCAUACCACACGGCCCUUGCAACUUGACAAUGAAAAAAGAUGUGGUUGUCCGAUUCUAGCACACCACAGCCAUGAAUGCAUUCAUUACUAGUGACAUGUAUAUUUCUAUGCAUGAGGUUCUCUACUGUUGGAAGUCCUCCAUUGUAAAGCUUCCAAAGAAAGAACUUGAGUCUUUCAUGAAUCUUGGAGGACCAUAGAUACUUCCACCAUUGAGAGGCUAAGUGAUUUCUCCAGAAUUCCAUCAAGAAAGCUGAUUUAACCGUGAAUUUCCCAUUUGUGUUGCCGCACCGGAUUAGUUUAUCCUCUAGAUGAGAAUUUGAAGAAGGGAUUUUACAAAUAUUCCUCACAGUGGUUGCAUCAAAAAGAUGGUCAAGUCUAUCUUUAUUCCAGCUGCCAUCCCUGUUCCUGAGAGAGUUUACCAUACCAAAUUCUUGGGAUACAGCUUCUGAGAUUGGAGUUGGUUUGAAAUGAGGGUUAUUAGGAACCCAUGGAUCCUCCCAUAUACUGAUUCUAUCUCCUUUUCCUACCUUGUAAUAGAGUCCUUUUAACAGAAUAUUCCUAGCCUGAUAAAUGCCGUUCCAUGAAGAAGAGCAAUUCUUCUUCUUCGAGCAUUUCAGGAAGGAACAACCAGCAAAAUAUUUAGCUUUAAUUGCCUGCACCUAAAAUCUAUCAUUCUCUGAGGCCAGCAUCCAGGCUAGUUUACUGAGGAGUGCCAAAUUCAAGUCUUGAGCAAUUUUUUUUCCAUUUUUUGUUUCAUAUUGACCAUAUCGUCUUUUAUUUAUUUAUCUUUUCCCAAAACAAAAAAUUGUGCCCGUGAUUUGAACGCCAACUCUAUCCAAACUAAUCAUCAGUCGAGCAAUUUUUUUUUUUUUUUUUUUCGGUUCCUGUGUUUCAGAGCUCAGAAUAUUGUUCGGUUUCCAAGCCCACUGGUUUUAUGCUGCGAAUGUUGAUCCACAUGUAAAAUUUAAGAAAAAGAAAAUAUGGGAAUUGAUGAUGCAUAUUCCAUCCUGCUGCAGAGUGAAACCAGAAACAAAACAACAAUUGAGGUUUGAUCCAGGACAGCCAAAAUAAUUUGUAAAGCUCUGGUUUCAACUCUGCAGCAGCAUGGAAUACGCAUCGUCAAUUCCCAUAUUUUUUCUUAAAUUUUGUAUGUGGAUCAACAACAUUCACAGCAUAAAACCAGUGGGCUUGGAAACCAAACAACUUUCUGAGCUCUGAGACUUAGAAAAAAAAAAUAAUGAAAAAAAACCAAAAAAGGCUGGUUUCAAGAGGUACCAAGGAAUAGCGAGGGGACACUCUUAAAGCUCAUCCAAACUACCUAGAAAGGAAGCGAGAGAAAUACAUGUUGUUUUAAAUAACAACAUCAAACUACCAAAACGCCUCCUUGAAAAGCUACGAGGAAGCACAAUAUCAAAGAGACGGAGAUUCCAGGAAAGCACCAGAUCAUGGAGCAAUCAAGAUCAAUUUUCACCUAGAAAGAACAUGCGAAGCUGAGGUCGCAGUAGGCACUGUUGCAAAGAACCAUCAAGGAGAGAUCUUAUUUAUUUGUAAGGCAACACAUGAGAUUCUCUCCUGCAUUUCUGCUCUCAAAACUGAACCUAUGAUCUGGAUCACAGAUUGUGCACAAACGACAAGUAUUUUGCUCUCAAAUAACAGUUAAGCUAAUGCUUCUUGGU